AUGUCGAACUACCAGAAUGGCCAGCAGUACUAUGGCUCACAUAGCCAUCCCGCCCACGGCAACGAGCCAUACCAAGACCAAUACGACCCCCAACGAGCCCACGCAGAGAGAACCCGGACGUCGAGCUAUGGGGGUGGGGAGCCUCAGUCCUACGGGUCCUAUGGCCGCCACCCCCCAAGCGACGGCUAUGUGCCCUACGGGGCGGCGGGUGGUGCGUCUGGCUACGACAGUCGCCAGCCGAGUAGUAUAGAUACCUCGUUGCCGUACCGACAGCCUCUGCAGACGCCUGCGCUGUCAGGCUAUCAACACAAUCCGCCACCAUCGUCCCAAUCAUCGUACUCGACGUACAAUCCAGCGCAGUACCAACACCAGCAAUCGCAGCAUGCCUCAUACAACCCGCAGUCCUACGGCUCGCCGCCAAGUGCAACGCAGUCUAACUCAUACCAACCCUACGUACCCGCCGCCUAUUCCGACUCCAGUGUCCAACGAAACCCCUCAGUGUACAACAGCAACGCAUACUCUGCCUAUAAUCAGACACCGCAGACCGCUUUCCCAUCCGCGCAGGCACCUCCGCCGCCUCCGCCGCAGCAUUCGGCCAGCUACGGCUCUUACCAUCACGAGUCACAAUACACCUCACAGUACCCGAUGUCCUCAUCUGUGCCUACGCGCCAGUCCACGUACGGCCCGUUGGCCUCUCCGCCGGCCCCAGCGCCACCACCACACGAGACGCAGCCGAUUGCGCGGGCGUAUUCUCAUGCGUCCUCAAGCUACCAAGAAAGAUCGUCAUAUGGCAACCUUGACGCUCCUGACAUUGGCCGUUCCUCGUCAUACGCCAGUCGCAUCAGCAAUCAGUCCAGCUACUCGGUAUCUCCACAGCCAUCAAUACCGACACCACCUAGUCGGCAUCAUUCUGAUCGAUCACCACAGAGACACAACACGAUCGGUCGCCACCCUCAGGGAUCUACCUUGCCAGGCGUGCCAUCGGAGUCCGAAUCUGACAACGACUAUUUUGUACCUCGGCCACCUGCGCACACGUCUGGUCCGAACGCUGGGCUGGAUGAUUUGAUGACCCAGUUGGAUAACGAGAUUUCAGGACCGACACGACCCAGAGCAACAACGAGCGGCUCGCCCCAACCAUAUCUGUCUCCAGACGAGGCUCCCACCCAUCUGAACGGGAUUGCGUCAGGCGGAAAUGCUUACAUUAAUUAUGGUGCAUUCAGCGAUGAUAGUGAUGCGGAAGCGGCUGCGGGGUUGGCUGCGAUGCAAGCACUGGAUGAGCAGGAGCGACAAGAAGACGCCAGGAGAAGAAGCGGAUCUGCUACUUUGUUUCCAACAUCAACUUCGCAAGAAACGCCUGGCAGUCAACAGUACCAGGAUAUCAGUAGCGACAGUGACUAUGUUGGUUACGAUCUGUCAGCUGCCGGCGGAGGUUAUGCACCCGGUCCAACAUAUGGAGAGGAAUCGCAUUAUGCUGCGGCUGCUGCAAUACCAAAUGACUACAUCCAUCAGCAGUCACUCGAUACGACUCGAAUGAAUUCCGUUCGGAGUAGCGGUCUGUCGAGUGAGGGACGCGCCUCAAAUGCCAGUGCGGCAGACUUACCACCUAUCGAUACACAACCACACUCGUGGAAUGUAGCAAGAGUCGACACAGGCGGCACAGGCGGGCUUACAGAGCCAAGUCCGCAUCCUAGGCGUUUAAGCUACGAAGAUGGCGACGAAGCCGGACUUUACGACUGGGAAGAGGGUAAAACUCCUCCCGGUCAAAGUCCAUCUAGAGAGAUGCCCGACCUGUUCUUUCACCCAGGUAUGAGUGCGCAGCGACCCCUUCCUCCGCCUCCACCGCCACAGCUCGAUACGACCCGAAUACCGAACUUAAUGCCGGCAGGAACCUACACGAAUGCCCAGCGGUAUUCGCAGUACACUGACAACCGAUCGAGCUACCCAGCGGCGACGCCUGACACUUACGGAACCAAUCUUCUAAGUCCACAGAACGUGCCCAGAUCAUCCUCAUUGACAAGUAACCGUAAUGCGCCUUCGGUGCCCCAGCCGAUAAGGUCUAAAACCGACGCAGAUCGAGCGAAGGCGCUCAAACAACAGGCAUUGUCUGGACGACCUAUGUCUGAUGUAUAUGAUAUGUCAACGAGCGACGCUGGCAUGGCGCUCGAUUUACCAGCUUUGCCGCGCAAGAAGUUCAAUCCUAACAAGAUCACAACUGAGCAGUUCAAGAAGUGCUCGGAGCCGUGGGCAUUAAGCUCGAUCUCGAAUUGGCUGCGAGAUCUGGCUGAAGAGGAGACAGAUCUCCGAGAACAGACUGUUGUCGACGCUAUAGUUGCAUUGUUCAGCCAGAAGGUUCCCACGAUGAACACAACUGAGGCCGAAGUGCUCGGAGAACGUGUGGUAAAGGACAUGCUCUCCGCGCAAGCUCUCGUUCGGGAGGAAGAGUGGGUGAAGUUUGGUUCCGGUACCGUUUCGGGCGUCAUCUUCCAAUUGACGGGCCUGGGAUGCUAUUCGUCGAAAUUGCACGUCUACGAAUCGAAAGGGCGGUGCUAUUCGAACCAUUGCCAACGCACACUCAAAGUCAUCGAUACAGGAGACCUUGUUGCUGGAUCUCAGCAAGACUGGGUGACCUAUUACAAGCUUGACGCCAAAUCUAUCGAGGGCAGGCCAAAGAAGGAGAUUGAGCUGCAGAAUAUUCUGCAUGAAGUCGUCACUACUGAAGAAGGAUAUAUCGCUAGUCUCGACGUGAAAGAAUUUGGCAAAGAUGUCUUCGGGCUGGUGGACAAGGUCAAGAAAGUCAACAAAGAUUUCUUGCUUGGUCGACUGAAGUAUCGCCAGAACGAGCAAGGUCCUUGGAUCAAAGGAAUCAGCGACAUCUUCAGGGAGUGGAUCCGCAAAGCUCGUGCGACUUACGUCGAAUAUGCUACAAACUAUCCUCGUGCCGACUUCUUGUUCCGGCGAGAACUGGAGCGUAACGUACAAUUCAGAGCAUAUGUGGACAAAGCACGAGAGGACAGGCGAUCACUCCGCCUCGGAUGGGAUAACUUCUUGAAGGCUCCAAUCACACGUCUUCAGCGAUACACUUUGCUUCUGCAGACUGUGGAGAAGAACAUGGUAGAAGCGUCUGAUGAGAAGACGAACCUGCAGUUCGCCCUUGACGAGAUCAAGGCUGCGACGCACGAGUGUGAUGCCAAAUUCUCGGAAAUGCAGAAGAAGAUGCAGAUGCACGAGUAUGGUGUCAAGCUCAGGCUGAGACCUGGCAUGGAGCGUGAGGUCGAACUAAACCUUGACCAUCUCGGCCGUGAGAUUCUUAUCCAAGGAGAACUUCUACGUGCUGGCGGCAAAGGCUUUGCGUGGGUCGAAACACAUGCAAUACUCUUCGACCAUUACCUGGUCCUGGCCAAGCAUGUUCGAGGCGUUGGGCGAUCAGACUACUUCGACGUAUCGAAGCUGCCGAUACCAAUGGAUCUGCUUGUGCUCGAAAGCGUGAACGAUGCGGCAGUGAUGAAGUCGUCGACAAAGCUUGCAACCGUGACGACAGCAUCCCGCAACCAGCCAGUGGCCGAUGCUCGUCUCAAUAGGACCACAUCAACUAACAGUGGUGGCUCGGGCGGUCUCCAGCAUACCAACACGUCCACGUCUAUGGGAUCGGCGGCUACUGGCCCGUCCAUGGUCUCAGUGACGGCGUUGGGUGAAAGUGGCAACAAGGAAGACAAGAUCAUGUAUCCUUUCAAGGCCAUCAUGACCGCGAAAGAGCGACACGCGGAGCAGCUGCACGCGCAACGAUCCGAGCCGUUCAAAUUGCGGGUCCUCGCUGACACAGCUUUCGGCUACGAGGGCUUCGGUGGACCUUCGAAACGACUAUUCCUGCGCAACACGCCUUUGCAUCGGGCUAUCAAGGAGUCGGAGAAGAAGUAUGCUGGACAAGGUCGGCCGGCACCAGUGUGCAGAGCUCAGGUCAACUGUGCGACUGUCUUCAAUCAGCCAUAUGGGCGGCUAAUGUGUGCGAUUGGUACUGACUAUGGCAUCUACAUCUCGGAGUACGGCAGUGCUCGGGGUUGGACCAAGGCCAUAGCAAUGAACCGCGUCACUCAAAUCGCCGUGCUCGAAGAGUUCAAUCUUUUCGUAUUGAUCGCCGACAAGGUUCUGAUCGCAUACCAUCUCGACAAAGUCUGCCCACCAACUGGCGCCACCGGUCAACCUCAGAACGACGCAACAGGACGCACAGCGCCACAAAAGCUUUCCGGCUCAAAAGAUGUCGGCUUCUUCGUGACAGGGCGAAUGAAGGAUCGCACAUUAGUCUUCUAUAAGAAGAAAGACACCCCCUCAUCACAUUUCAAAGUCCUCGAACCAGUUCUUCAGAAAUCAACGACAUCUCGGUCGAGAUUUCUACCGAGUAGUACUCGCCGCGGCCAGACAGAGUUCUUCCGGGAGUACGAUGAGUUCUAUAUUCCCGCCGAAUGCUACGGCCUGAACCUCUUCUCCUCCAGCUUGGCAGUUUCGACCGCUCGAGGCGUCGAAGUGCUCAACCUCGACAAGAAGCAAACAUGGACUGUGCCGAACCUACGCUCAGAGCAGCCCGAUACGCAAGCACACCUGUCGUCUAUCGCAUCCCGGAUCAAAGACCUGAGACCGCUCGGCAUGUUCCGCCUCUCCGAGUCCGAGUUCCUCGUCGUCUUCGAAGAAUGUGCUGUAUAUGUCAACAAGCACGGCGAUGUUUCCCGCGGUGUGGUCAUGGAGUUCGUAGGCAAGGCCAACUCCGCUUGUCUCUAUGCGCAACAGUACCUCAUUCUAGUCGAUGAGGACUUUGUCGAGAUCAGAGAUGCCCAAAACGGGCGGCUCAAACAGAUUAUCAGCGGCAAAGGAGUCCGAAUGCUGGACGAUGGGAGUGGAGGCGGCCAGCAAGGUGGAAAUCAGAGUGGCGCGAAUGGCAGUGCAGGUGGUCAACAACAGCCGGCGCAAUUAGGUGGCGGUGCCAACGGACUACGUCUGCAGGGGUAUGGAAAGGUCAGGGGCACAGUCAAAGUCGCGAUGCAGCAUCCUGAGGAGCCGCGGACGGUUGUCGUCGUGGAGCUGGAGCUUCUCGAAGGAGAUGGCGAGGAUGGUGUCUAG